AGGUGUCGUUGCUCUCCGGUAUUUGUCGCCGUCAUAGUUUCCGUUCUUAAAAGUUUCUGUAGAAACCGUCUGCUCGAACACCAGGAAGUCAAAGUUUUAGGUGCUUAUAGGAAGUUAGGCGCACAGAGGAAGAAAGGUGUUUGUUUGUUUAACUCUAAACACAUUUUCUUCUCUGGUCGACUUCAUUUUGUGUGUAGGUGACGUCCGGAUUUUAUUUUGGAGAGGGGAAACCUUCAAUGGACUUUAAUCAUGAAUUUUUUAAUUGAAUCGGGAGCGUUUGCUUUCCUGCUCCUGCUGCUUCGUUCCGCCUCGGCUCAGGACAGCGGAGACGCCUGCUUUUCUCGGUUCCAAACGGGGAAGGACGACUUUGUUCUGGACACCGACGAGUCGGUGAAAGCCGGAGCCACGUUCCUGUCCGCGCCGAAAGUGGAGCGCACCAAGGACUGCGCCAUGUCGUGCUGCAAGGACCCCCGGUGCAACGUCGCCCUGAUGGAGAAAGGAGACGAGGACGGCCUCAUCAAGUCCUGCUUCCUUUUCGACUGUCUGUACAAGAAGAAAUACGCCUGCCGCUUCGUCAAAAAGAAAGGAUACACCAAUUUCAUCUUAAACACACUUUACGCAAACCACAUUCAGGAGCUGUCUCCAGAUUUACCUGAUGGUCCACCAGUGGCUGACGCAGGCCCUGACCAGGUGGUUCAGCCUCAGGAAAGCGUKACAUUGAAUGGUAUACAGAGCAGGGAUGACAAGGGCAUUGAAGAUUAUCAGUGGAAAAUGCUCACAGAUUAUCCUUAUGCUGUCAUCGAGAAAACCAACUUUCCCGACCAGAUAAUUGUUUCCAAUCUGACAUCUGGGAAGUACAAGUUCCAGCUGACAGUGAGGGACACCGGGGGUCAGACAGACACCACCAUGAUCACAAUCAUGGUCCUCACUCCUGAGCAGUCCAAGCACCACUGUAUGAUGCCAAUGAAGAUUGGGCCAUGUCGUGGUGCUUUCCCUCGCUGGUAUCACAACGCUGCCUCAGGAGAGUGCGAGCAGUUUAUCUUCGGAGGCUGCAGAGAGAACCUCAACAACUACCUCACCAAGGAUGAGUGCACUAAGGCCUGCUAUGAAUCAGGAAAAGGUGGUCGACUUCUGAUAACUCCAGCAGUGGAAAAAUGUGAYGAACCGUGCACCCACGACCAGUUCACCUGUGAUAACGGCUGCUGUUUGGAUCCAGGACUGGAAUGCGACAAAACCCAGCAGUGCAGUGAUAACUCUGAUGAGCAAAACUGCGAUGAGGUUGCACAUAAGUUUCGGAUUCUGACCCAGAUUCCCGUGGAUGAACAGAAAGUUCGCUGCACUGAGCAUCCCGACACAGGAACCUGCAGGGACAGUCAGACCAAGUGGUACUACGAUCCCAUAAAUCAGGUCUGCGUCCGUUUUAAUUACGGUGGCUGCGGAGGAAACGAAAACAGAUUUGAAUCUGAAGAGUCCUGUAAACGAACUUGCCGUGGUGUAACAAGCAAAGAUGUGUUUGCAAGAAAGGAGGAACAUGAAAAAAUAGUAGGCGAGAAUCAGACAGGGAUCCUUGUGAUAGCCAUCGUCCUGGGUGUAGGUAUACUCAUCCUCCUCGGCGUCCUGGGAUAUUGCUUCAUGAAGAGAAGGAAGUCUACUCACUAUCAGUACCAUGCAGGACAAAUGAAAUAAUCUUGUCUACAGCAACACCAAGAAAAAACCCUAAACUUCACCACCAUCCUGAUGGAUUUCUCUGGAGCUUCGUCACACAUUGACAGCUCAGAUUGACCAGAAAAAUAUGUGUAGAUGUAACUUUUAUUUAGUCCUUAUGUGGAUUUUUAUUUUUCACGAUGAUGUUCACAGGAAGGGCAGAAAGUCUUCACGGGUGAAAUGUGAUGUUUUGUUUUAACACCGUAGCCAGCUGACAAUAAAUGAAACAGAUUCAGUUCGGUGUCGAGGCAGUGAAUUGCAGGAAAUCUUCCCAAAGAAAUUCAGGUAUAUUUUAUGUAUUUUUUUUUCUUAACUGUAUAGUUGUUUUUUUUUUUUUUGAUUCUUGGUAAAGUGUAUUAUGAUGAGCAUACUUUUAUUGUACAAGCUACGUUUAUAAUGGCUUUUUCCUUCAGACUCAAACUGUAGUUUGUUUUAUUUUUUAUAUCAACAUUCUGGGAAAUGUUGACGUAUAUACAGUUAAAGUUAAGCUGAUUCUUUCUAACUUAGAUUUGUUUUGAUCUGUAUUUAGUCUUGUUACAUUCCACUAGAUUUCAGAUGCAUAAAAUGUUUUAAUUUAGGGAAGAAAUAUUUUACAUGGAGGUAAUUUUAUCAGUAAAUAUACAUUUUUUAUUUUAUUCUUUUUAGAACAAGUUCCUUAUCAGUGCUGUUAAAUACUCAUUAUGACCUUCUCAAGUAUUUGUACAUACUUUAUGACCUGAUUUAGCUUUAUAUGUAUUUGCUGUUCAUCUUUAAUAAAUAAUUUGGUACUUAGAA